AUGAUGUCGAACAGGACCCUAAAUGAAGUCACAAGCGCCAAGAGUGAGCUGCUGGCUCGCGUCCUCACUGGGCUCCUACUCUCCUUGUUGAUCCUUUUCACCCUGUUCGGCAACGCGCUGGUGUGUGCCGCCGUGGUCCGCUUUCGCCACCUCCGCACUAAGGUUACCAAUAUCUUCAUCGUCUCGCUGGCGCUCUCCGACCUGCUGGUGGCCGUGCUGGUGAUGCCCUGGAAAGCGGUGACAGAGGUGGCCGCUUACUGGCCGUUCGGGGGCAGCUUCUGCAACGUGUGGGUGGCCUCGGACAUCAUGUGCUCGACAGCGUCCAUCCUGAACCUGUGUGUGAUCAGCGUGGACAGGUACUGGGCAAUCUCCAGCCCGUUCCGUUACCAGCGCAAGAUGACCCACCGGGCCGCGCUGGUGAUGAUCGCCGUGACCUGGGCUCUCUCGCUGCUCAUCUCCUUCAUCCCGGUGCAGCUCCGUUGGCACAGCAGCCCGACCCAGGUGUCUGCGGAGCCCAACAACACCCAGAGCUGCGACUCCAGUCUGAACAGGACCUACGCUAUCUCCUCCUCCCUGGUCAGCUUCUACAUCCCCGUGGCCAUCAUGCUGGUCACUUACACGCGGAUCUACAGGAUCGCUCAGCUGCAGAUCCGGCGGAUCGCCUCGUUGGAGAGAGCGGCCGAGCACGCCCAGAGCUGCCGCCGGGACAAGCGGGACGCCCGGCAGCAGGUACAGGUUCAGCACCACAGCGCGCUGAAGAGCUCCUUCAGGAAAGAGACCAAGGUGCUGAAGACCCUCUCCAUCAUCAUGGGUGUUUUCGUUUGCUGCUGGCUGCCCUUCUUCAUCCUGAACUGCAUGGUCCCUUUCUGCGACCGGCGCUCCCCAUCCACCGUCUCCGGGCUGCCGUGUGUCAGUGAGACCACCUUUGACAUCUUCGUGUGGUUCGGCUGGGCCAACUCCACUCUCAACCCGGUGGUCUACGCUUUCAACGCCGAGUUCCGCAAAGCUUUCUCCAGCCUGCUGGGCUGCCAAGACUUCUGCUCUAGCAACCAAGUGGAGACGGUGAACAUCAGCAACGAGCUGGUGUCCUACAACCAGGACACGGCCUUCCACAAGGAGAUGGUCACCGCCUAUGUCACCAUGAUUCCCAAUGUAAUGGACUGCAUGGAGGACAACCAGAUCUUUGACAGGAUGUCCCAGAUCUUGGCCACCAACGAGGUAGCCACGGAUUCCGUUUCUGAGGUGGAGGGCGACGCAGACUUGUCUUUAGAUAAAAUCACGCCUUUUACCCCGAAUGGUUUGCACUAA